CCAUACAGCAUGAGUGGACUAACAAUCUUGGUAUUCAUGCUUUGGAUAUUGAAAGGUGCUCCCAGCAACACGUGGGAAAUCAAGCUGCCUCAGAACAUAGAUGCCAUAAGUGGCUUCUGUGUUCAUAUUCCAUGUCAGUUUGAGAUCCCCAACUCAUUCAAACCCUUCCUAAGCCAAUCAGCUGAAGCGCUGUGGAAAAAGACAGACAUAGAAGGAGCAACUGUGUUUAGUUCAGCCAGCAAGGCAACAUCUCUUCUGAACGGAAACGUGAUUGGCAACAUCCUAAACAAUAAUUGCACCACUGUGUUUCACAACUUUCCUGCUGGAUUCAGUGGCACGUAUUUCUUCAGGCUUCAGGGUCGUGAAGAUCUCAAGUACACAUUUAAGCAAGGAGUGAGCAUCACAGUUCAUAAAGAUGUUCUCCCUCCUGCGCUAAACCCGCACGUACAGGAGCUGGAAGUUCUAGAAGGAACCAAGCUGACAGUGAGCUGCUCCACUGUGAUCUCCUGUCCCUCAAUGCAGCCCGUGAUGCAGUGGAACACACAGCUAGAAGAACUGCUGCCACCAGCUCUACAGAAGGAUGAGUUUGGACAGACACUGCUGGUCUCCUCUCAGAUGUUCAAUGCAACGCCUCUGAAUGACCAGCUUAAAAUCUCCUGCUCCCUCCUGUACAUGCACGGCACCAAAACACCAGCUGAGAGCAGCAUUACCCUGAGAGUCCUGUAUGCUCCCAGAAACACCAUAGCUCUGGUGAGCCCAUCGGGUGUGUUGUCCGAAGGCAGUUUGGUAACAUUGAGCUGCCAAAGUGAUGCCAACCCUGCAGUCCAGCGCUAUGAGUGGUACAAAUACAAUGGAUCUGGGAAGCUGGAGCUGCAAAAUCAAGGAGAGACUAUAACAAUGACAGCCCGAGGUGACGUUCAGGGUCUGUAUGUCUGCAAGGUCUACAAUAAUCAUGGGAUUGACCAGUCCAAGGCUGUCUCUGUGAGCAUAAAUGGUUGCGACUGCUCCAUUGCACCAUACAUCAUAUGUGGAUUUCUGAUGCUUUCCCUAAUUCUCAUUAUCGCAGUGGAUUUGGUCAAAUACAAAAGCCUACUGAAAAGACUCCAAGCGUCAGAAAAUACGAGAGGACUCAUGACAUACGCCAGCCUGCACAGAACCAGCGACUCAGUAUACAAUGUCAUACAGCCAAGGGCCAACAGAUGUGAAGAUGACAAUGAAAAUAGACACUUGAGCAAACAACAGUCCAGCUCCUAACCAUGCAGCCAUAGGAAUUAACAAGACACAAAGUGCUGUAGUGCCCUUGUAGAUGCAGGUUUUUGACUUUUCAAAUAUUUUCUUAGUAUUUCGCAAAAAAUAAAAUGGCAAAUGUCUAAAUCAUUCAGUCAGAAACACAACGCUGGUAACAUCAUACAGUUUAUAGGUUCUUGUGUUUAAUUUUGAGAUGUAUACACUACUGUUCAAACAUUUGUCAUUUUGUAAAUAAUUGAAUUCUUUUG